UUUCAAAUUGAAUUCAACUCAAAAAGCACGUCUUCAAAAAUUAGUCCCACGUUUAUCGCUACGGUUUCAAUUUGAUUCAAGGUUUUUUAAAACAGUUUCUGAUAUUUCAAUUAGCAAAAGUCAUCACUAUCUCCUAAAAUUGUUUAAGUUUCGUUGAAUGAGUUCAUUGUGUGCAUAUUGAUCGCAAACUUUGUUCUACAACCGGUGUAACCCUGUGUAACCUAACCUUCAACCGGAGCCGCAUUUUGAUAAACAUCACCCACAAUGAAUCGAGGCCGACAGGAAUUUGCCUUUCGGGGAAAAUCUUUUAAUGGAACCAAUAAAAACCAGAGGAAGAACAGCAAAAGUCGCGGCUCAAAAUCAUGGAACAAAAAUACACAAGAUAAGCUGAACCAGGAACCGGAAGCAGAUGAGCCUGGCAAACCGGAAAAGGUCAAAAUUACCAACGGGUUUAAAGAUGGUCGUAACAGGAAAGAACAUGAUGUCUCAGGUAUAAAAGGAACCAAACCGAAUAUCAAUGUUUACCACAAAACCGAAAAAUUGAAUAAGGUCGAGCAGAAGAAUCUUCUCUUCAACGGUACAAAACCUAAACAGAAAUUCAAAAAUACUACUCAGAAAGCCUCGGAACAGUUUCGGCAAUCCAAAGUUCUGCAACGAGAACCACCUAAAAAUAAUAAAAAUAUGAAACCAGCCGCGAAGAAAAAUAUUGAAAAUAACAAACAAGAUAGAUCGUCCAUUGAUAACAAAAAGAGAAAAAUGUCCGAAUCAACUUCCGGUACCGGAAAGAAACCUAAAACCAGCAGCAAGACGUCGUCUGCUCCGUCAGAAUCCGAUAGCGAUGCCGACGAUUAUAUAGACAAGUUCUUCCAGGAUGUCUCGAAUGGCGAAGACGAAAUAGAAUCCACCUUUAGGUCAGAUUCCUGCGGAGAAGAUUCCAUCGAUGAUGAUGAUGAUGAAUCACAGUCCGAUUCUUCGGUACAGGACCCUGAUGACGAAGAUGAUGCUGGGCAAGACGGGGAAAUGUCCUUCGAUGAACUGGUCACAUUCUUCGGCAGUUAUCGGGAUAAGAAAGAAGCAUUGCCUUCCGCAAAAGAUAAGAAAUCUAAUAAAAAGCAAAAAAACGACAGCAAAACUAGAAAGGCGAAAAUUAACUCAAAUACUUCGGUAGCCAGCAGUAAUGAUUGGAUCGAAGAAGAUAACAAACCACCGGAAGACAAUCCGAAGUGUAGCAGACGGAACGGACAGAGUUCUAAAGUUAAACACAAGAUCGAUUCGUCAGCAGCCAGCAGCAGUAGUUGGGUUGAGGAGGAAAAUGAUAUAGCACUGGAAUACAAAGAUUCCGAAUCAGACGCUGAGCAAUCGCCCCAAAAGGAAGCUGCUGCGGUCAAGGAUGUGGCGUUAUUCAAUAAAAACAUGCAGGAGCAUUCAGAAGAUGAUAGUGAAUACAACCCAGAAGAGGACUCUGAUGAAGAUGAUGGUAUUGAGUAUGGCUCCGAUGACGAUGAUAUGUUAUCGUUUGAGAUGGACAGCGAAGAGGGCAGCAGCGAAAAUUCCUACGAUGAUCACGAAUUUUCUUCGGACUUUGACUCCGACGAUGAAUAUCUUUCGGAGGAGGAAGAAGACGACGACGAAUACGGAGACUAUUGGGAGGACUCGUACGACAGCGACGAAGACGAUGACUACGUUCAACCGGAUGACGACGAUCUGUUGAUUGUGCGGGGAGCGGCAAGAAUCUAUGAAAUCGACGACAACGAUGUGUCCUUUAAUAGCGAUAUAGAUUCGGCCCAGAUUGUGGAGCUGCCCAGUAGUGAUCAGGAGCGAAGACCUUCAGUUGCGACCACCAGUGGAACGGAUGGGCAAACUGAAACGGAAGACGAUAAGGAUAGCUGUCCGGAACUGGUUCCGAUUUACGAUGUCGAUGGAGAACUGAUUGAUUCCGAGGAAAAACUGACACGAAUUGUACAGAAGAAGGACGGUUCCCUUAAGCUAAACAGCGCUUAUAAAAAGUCCAAAGUAUCUGAAGAAACCAAAUCGUGUUCCGAUUCGGUGUUCGAAGAGCCACGCAGCUCUGGCAAACCUAGUUCAUCAGACAAUACAGAUACCAUGAAGCGCAAAAACCGUGAUAAAGUCGAACGGGCAGAACCUAUGUGUGCUGAAUCCGAAACAACCGAGUCACCACUAAAGAAAGACUGCCAUUUUUACAAUUCCAUAGACCUACGAAUAUCUCUGAUGGUUCUGCGGAAACCACUGUACAUGAGCGGUUACCUAACGAUCCAGCCACUGAUUGGUGAGCUGGAAGUGAUGGGUUAUCGGCUAAGGCGUGGCGAAUGUCGGCAGGUCUUUGCUGCCCGGGGCUAUCAAAGCUUAAAUCUCACACCAAGGUUCGAGGAGCGCAGCGAGAGAGAAGACUGUCGGAAGCAGCUGGAGUCGGUGAUCGGAAGGGUUGGAAAACACUUUGCUGACUGUGAUUUGCGGGAAUUGGUUCAGCAGUUUGAUUCGAAGAACUCAGUUUUGAUUUUGCUGCAAGCCGAUUGUAACAAUCGAAAAAUUACUGUGGUAGAGAGGUACAUGCCGGAGGAUCAUUUGUUUCCAAGAGUAGAAUACAUGAAAAGGAGUUCUUUCUACACUACGGAAUAUCUUUUGAAUGUUGAGUUUAUUACUGACGAAGCAGGCAAAUCAACGGCUCCAUUCCAAAGUGAUGCUGAAUGGGAUAAAAUCGGAAUGGACAAGAACAGUAAGAUCAUCGUUACGGGAGGCAAGGGAGCAGGAAAGUCUACUCUGUGUCAAUACCUCAUCAACAAACAUAUAAGCAAGCACAAAAAGAUUCUACUGAUAGAUCUGGACAUCGGUCAACCUAUUCAACAUAUUCCAGAAACGAUGAGUGCCACUCUAUUGAAUAAGCCACUUCUAGGAGUAACAUCUUUUGAUCCAAUAAAACCAUUAAAGUGUCUUCUGUUCGGUAGUCUGGACGUUGUUUCCUCCCCAAUUUUCUACAUACAAAACGUCCGACAAAUGGUUCAGUACUGUAACCAACACCACAAAGAUGUGCCCUGGGUUAUCAAUACCAUGGGAUACGUUACGGGUUUCGGGGAAGAGUUGAUGGCGGCCAUUUUCAAACUCUUUUCCCCUACCGAUGCCAUUCAACUUGUCUGCUCAAACAAAACACUUCCGAUACCAAACUUCAAAAACCCACUUACACCAAGCUUCAUCAAUCAGUAUCAGUUUCAAAUUUUGGAAAGUGAACUGCCACGUCAAAAAGCAUCGGUUUCGUUUCGGCAUUACCAGUUGGAGGUGUGCUUCAAUCGAAGAGGAUUCGCCCUGAAUGCACCGAAGCGCCGCAAUGUGGCGUUACUUUCCAAUUUGGCUAACAUCCUGAACGACAGCUCCAGCGAGUGGUUCAACGAGGUACGCCCAUUCUGCGCUCCUAUCAGUAAGCUACAGAUCCUUAUUACCCGGGAGGACACCAAACUGGCCGACGAACAGCUUCCCGCAGUACUGAAUGCCACCCUGGUCUAUCUGUGUCGGAAGGUGGAUGGAGGACUGUACGAAUGUUUGGGAAUUGGUAUCGUUCGGGGAGUGGAUAAGAACAACAACGUUUACCUGCUGCAAUCGCUGUCCAGUGAGGAGCUAUCUCAGGUUACGGUGCUGGCCAUCUGUAGCAGUAGUCUGCCGAAUGCAAUCUUCCUCAGGCAAAGUGCGCGCAUUCAGGGAAAUAUACCGUACGUGUACAAUGUUGUAUGAUAGGGAUUCUAAUCCUCAAGCAAGACAGGUGCAGUAAUGGUCCCUUGGAACGCUGUUUUGUUUCUGUUUAGUUUAAAUCUGAAAAAAAAAACUUUUGAAUGUAGAAUGUAUUUAUUUUCUUACCCGGAAGAGACCGAAUGGAACGUUCUUUUUUUCUGCGAAAAAAUGUUACAAUUUAUAUAAAGUUGAAUAAUCAGCCAUGUUAUAACCGGAUUAUUAAUGUUGUUUCUUUUUUGUCCGAACUUGAAUUGUUUGGAAAAAACUGCCUAGUUUGGACAAAUUUCUUCUCUAGAAACAUCUAAGUGUCUGAUUUACAGU